AUGAGGUAUGAUGGAACCCAAGACCCUCAGGAACACAUAGUGGCCUUUGAGGCCAGGAUGAACCUGGAAGGUGUGGGCGAUGCGGUGAGAUGUCGUGCUUUUCCUGUGACUUUGGCCGGACUGGCAAUUCGGUGGUUCAACGUGCUACCGCAGCAGUUCGUGGCUACCUUUUCAGAUAUAACACGUGGUUUUCUAUCACAGUUCACCACACGCUUAGCCAAAGCUAAACACCCGAUCAACCUCCUAGGCAUGACUCAAAGAAACGGGGAACUGACAAGGAAGUAUCUCGACAGGUUCAACGAUGAGUGCCUAGAGAUUGAUGGUCUGACCAACUCGGUGGCCAGCCUAUGUCUGACGAACGGGCUGUCAAAUGAAGACUUCAGGAAAAACCUCACCACCAAGCCCGUAUGGACCAUGGAAGAAAACCAGAAUGUGUCAAGAGAGUAUAUCAACGACAGGGAGGUAAGCCAGGUUAUGGUAGCCAACAAACUAGCCAGCCCACCUUCCUCCCCAUCAACCCGGGCACGACGAGAGGCCAAAGGAACAUCCCAAAGAUGGGGGUUCAGUUAA